CCCCUCAGUGGAUGAGGCAGCGAACACGUUAAUGACUCGUCUUGGCUUCCUACUCGGAGACAAAGUGAGCGAGGGGUCUCAAGGGCCGCAGUACAGCAUGGAUGAGCCUGAUGACGCUCAGAGUUUAGGAGUGAGCGGGAGGAUGAGUCCGUGCUCCACUCUGACCAGCAGCACCUCCUCGCCCCCCGCCUGCAGCCCCUGCUCCACCCUUCCCCCUGCUGCUUCGGGACAGGCCUUCAGCAGCCCCACAUCCACGCUGGAGAGCAGAGACAGCGGCAUCAUCGCCACCCUGACCAGUUACUCAGAGCCGAUGGACAGGAGCAGGAAGCAUGGGGACGGCUCUCAAAGCACCAGCCUGAAGCUCUGGCACUCAUACAGAUCCACUCUGGACUCCAGUCUGUACCGCGUGGAUGAGAACAUGACCGCCUCCACCUACAGCCUCAACAAGAUCCCAGAGCUCGGCUCCACCCACUGCUCCUCUCACCCCACCCCAAUCUACCUCAUGCCCCGCCCCAACUCAGUGGCAGCCACCAGCUGGACUCACCUGGAGGACCAGAGACACGCUCCGCUGCGAAUGAUGCGUCAGAACACAGAGCUGCGAGUGCCCUUCGCUCCGUACAGACUGCAGGACAUCGCUCUGAAGCCGCUGCUCUUCGAGGUGCCCAGCAUCACCAUGGACUCUGUGUUCACUGGCCGUGAUUGGCUCUUCCAGGAGGUCGACGCCUACCUGCACCCCGCCCACUCCUCCACCAAUCACGGCGUGGUCCUGGUGGGCAGCAUCGGCUUCGGCAAAACUGCCAUCAUCUCGCGCCUCGUGGCUCUCAGUUGCCAUGGAAACCGCAUGCGACAGAUCGCCUCCGAGAGCCCACAGGCGUCGCCGAAACAUGGAGAUGACAUCCCUCUCACACAGCCGCAGACUUCCCAUGGUACACUGGGAGGAGGAAGUUGCCCUGGAACUCCGGAAAUGAGGAGGAGGCAGGAGGAGGCCAUGAGGAGGCUUGCAUCACAGGUCGUGGCGUAUCACUACUGUCAGGCAGAUAAUGCAUACACCUGUCUGGUGCCGGAGUUUGUGCACAACGUGGCAGCGCUUCUGUGUCGCUCGCCACAGCUGGCCGCAUACAGAGAGCUUCUGCUGAAGGAGCCACACAUUCAGAGCAUGCUCAGCCUGCGAUCCUGCGUCCAGGAUCCACUCGCUGCCUUCAGACGAGGCGUGCUAGAACCACUGGACACACUUUAUAAAGAGAGGAAGAUCAGUCCAGAUGAAGACCUCAUCAUUCUCAUUGAUGGUCUGAAUGAGGCUGAGUUCCACAAACCAGACUACGGUGACACCAUUGUGUCUUUCCUCUGUAAAGCCAUCAGGAAGUUCCCAGUCUGGCUCAAGCUGCUGGUGACUGUCAGGACCUCCAUGCAGGAGAUCACCAAACCUCUGGCCUUCCACCGGAUCUCUCUGGACGCUCUGGAGGAACACGAUGCCAUCGACCACGACCUGCAGAGCUACAUCCUCCACCGCAUCCACAGCAGCGCAGAGAUCCAGAACAACAUCUCCCUCAACGGCAAGAUGGACAACACCAGCUUCAGCAAGCUGAGCUCACACCUCAAGGCCCUCAGCCAGGGCUGCUUGCUCUACCUGAAGCUCACCUUUGACCUGAUCGAGCGCGGCUAUCUGGUGCUCAAGAGCUCCAACUACAAGGUGGUGCCGGUCAGUCUAGCCGAGGUCUACCUCCUGCAGUGUAACAUGCGCUUCCCCACGCAGUCGUCCUUCGACAGGGCCCUGCCGCUGCUCAACGUGGCCCUGGCUUCACUGCAUCCUCUCAGCGAUGAGCAGAUCUACCAGGCCAUCAACAGCGGCUCGGUGAAGGGAGCGCUGGACUGGGACGACUUCCAGCAGAGGAUGGAGAACCUGUCGGUGUUCCUGGUCAAGAGACGGGAUGGGACACGCAUGUUUGUGCACCCAUCCUUCAGAGAGUGGCUCAUAUGGAGAGAGGAGGGAGAGAAGACCAAGUUCCUCUGCGAUCUCAGGAAUGGCCACACGCUUCUGGCUUUCUGGUUGUCCAGACAAGAAAACAAACUCAACAGACAGCAGACAAUUGAGCUGGGUCACCAUAUCCUGAAAGCACACAUAUUCAAGGGACUGAGUAAGAAGGUUGGAGUUUCUUCAUCCGUCCUGCAAGGGCUGUGGGUGUCAUACAGCACAGAGAGUUUAUCCACAGCUCUGGCGUCGCUCAGAAACCUUUACACACCCAACAUAAAGGUGUCCCGGCUGCUGAUUCUGGGCGGCGCUAAUGUGAAUUACCGUACGGAGGUGUUAAACAACGCUCCGCUGCUGUGUGUGCAUGCUCACCUGGGCUACUCCGACAUGGUGCACCUGCUGCUGGAGAACGGCGUCAGUGUGGACUCUGCAUCUGAGAGCGGCCUCACUCCGCUGGGCUACGCCUCCGCCGCCGGACACCUGGCCAUCGUCACUGCCCUGUGCAAGAGGAGAACAAAGCUCGACCACCUGGACAAGCUUGGUCAGUGUGCUCUAGUGCAUGCUGCUCUCAGAGGACAUCUGGACGUGAUGAAGUUCCUCAUUCAGGGCGACUGGGCGGAUGCUCAGGAGCCUGCGAGCUUCAGCAAGAGUGUGGCAGUGCAGCAGGCCUUUACAGCAGCAGCCAGCAUGGGUUACACAGAGGUUGUGUCUUAUCUCUUGGACUUGCCUGACGGGGAUGAAGAGGACACUCCUCGUGCCCAGAUCAACAGCUAUGACACCCUGUGGGGUGAGACAGCGCUGACCGCUGCUGCCGGCCGAGGGAAGCUGGAGGUCUGUCAGAUGCUGCUGGAGCAGGGCUCGUCCGUGGCUCAGCCCAACCGCAGAGGAGUGUGUCCGCUCUUCAGCUCCGUGCGUCAGGGCCACUGGCAGACGGUGGAUCUGCUGGUGUCACACGGAGCAGACGUGAACCUGCCGGAUAAACACGGCCGGACUGCGCUCAUGAUGGCGGCUUCGGAGGGACACCUGGACACAGCGGAGCUCCUCGUGGCUCAGGGUGCGUGUGUGGAUCUGAAGGAUAAGGAGGGUCUGACGGCGCUCAGCUGGGGCUGUCUGAAAGGACAUCUGUCUGUGGUUCGCUGCUUGGUGGACAGAGGAGCUGCCACGGACCACGCCGAUAAAAACGGACGAACGCCUCUCGAUCUGGCCGCCUUCUACGGAGACUCUGACGUGGUUCAGUUCCUGGCGGAUCAUGGGGCUGUGAUCGAGCAUGUGGACUACAGCGGGAUGCGUCCUCUGGACCGAGCCGUCGGCUGCAGAAACACGUCUGUGGUGCUCGCCCUGCUGAAGAAAGGAGCCACAAUCGGUCCUGCAACCUGGGCAAUGGCGACAUCGAAACCUGACAUCAUGAUUAUCCUACUGAGUAAACUUUUAGAGGAAGGAGAUGGCUUCUACAAGAAGGGUGAAGUGAAGGAGGCAGCUCAGUGCUACCAGAAUGCUCUGAAGAAAUUUCCCAGAGAAGGAUUAAGUGAGGACCUGAAGACCUUUAAGGAGCUCAAAGUGUCUUUGUUCCUGAACUUGUCACGCUGUCGGAGGAAAAUGAAUGACUUUGGUAUGGCGGAAGAGUUUGCUACCAAGGCUCUGGAACUGAAGCCGAAGUCUUACGAGGCAUUCUAUGCUAGAGCCCGAGCCAUGCGUAGCAGCAGGCAAUUCGUGGAAGCACUAGAGGACCUGAGGGAAGCCAUAAUGCUGUGUCCCAACAGUCGUGAAAUCCAGCGCCUCCUUCAGCGUGUGGACGAGGAGUACAGGCAAGUUACCCAAUCAGAGGAGCCAGAGCUUGAGCCUCCUCCAUCCCCACCACCAUCUCCCUUACCGGUGGAGGAAGAUGAGGAGCCCCCUCAUCAUACCCCUCCUCCUGAGCCAAGACUGGAUGACAUGGAGCCAGUCCAAGACUUGUUUGAGGAUGAUGACUUCCUAGAACAAGAGCUAGAGGCCGUGUCCUAUGGGCUUGCUUCAGACAUUCGCUCGAACGCUUCAAGCCUUGCCAUUAUAUGCAGUCCACCCCUUUCUCCACCCCAUCAUGACACUGGCUACCUAUCUGGAGGGCAUACCUUCGAGUUCCACCCAAGCUCCUCCUCUAUGUCAUCUCCUACACAUCAUAGUUACCAGUCCACCUCACCAUGCAUCUCUCCAACACAUCAGAACUCCCACUACCGCCAGAGUCCACCACACACCUCUUCGACCAAUCAGUCCUCCUACCGCUUCAGCCCUCCACCCAUUGGCAGUGGAGGGAACCAGGGGAUGGACUAUCAGAGUCCUCCGCCAUCUCCUCUUAGGCGUGGGGUUCCAUUCAGAGGUAGCCCUCCGAUCGAGAACAUGUGUCUGUAUCGUUCCCAGUCGGGCUCACCAGUCCGCUACCAGCAGGAUCCUUUACCUAGCCGCCCUAAAUCUCCACUGUUGAAGAUGAGCAGCCAGCGGUCCUUCCAGCUCCAGUUGCAACCUUCCCAGAGCUCUCAGACCAGCCAGCACCACCAGGUUCAGGCUUUGCGCCUGCAGCCCUCAAUGGCGCAAAUCGUCCGCACUAACCAGCCCAGUAACAGCAUGUACAGCCAGUUGGCGCAUCCACUUAGCAGUAGGUACCAAGGUAGCUCCAUGGAUGUGGACAGGGACAGAGAUCGAGAGCCGAGGCUGGUGUACCAACCCUCGCUGGAUGGCCGUUCAAUGUCUCAAGUGCAAUCUAGCUUCAGUGCGGGAGCUCUCUGUCAGCAUGGGGGGCGAGGUGGGCCUGCUGAUGUCCUGGAGUCAAACUUGGGGAAAGAUCAGAUCCAUCAGCGACCCGCAUCGGCGUACCGCUCAGCUACAGGGGGACCUGGAGGCGUGCGCUUCAGCCAAACCCCCCAGAUAAGCCGCAGUCAGUCAGCGGCAUACUAUCCAGUCUCCAAGCACGAACUCGAGAGAGCAGUGGCAGCUUCUGCUCUGCCACCGUGCCAGCUGGGCUCUCCGGAGAUCCCGCACCUAGUGCGCAGACCUAUCAGUGCCAUACCAAGUGACCUAAAACAGCAUGUACCAACCCCCAGACCACUCAUCCACUCCCAGAGCGUAAAUCUUCGCUUCUCCCCAUCUAUCGUUAAUAUAUCCUUAGGCUCCAGCUGCAAUCUAGCCCCUGGCUUCAGGCCGUCCUCCUCCAUGGCUCAAAUGGAAAUCCCGCUCCAGUCUGCAUAUGAACGGAGCUUCGAUGAGCCAUCUGCCCUGUCGCCCUCUCAGAGCGGACUGUACUCGGGUGAACCCGCCCGAUCCCGGAACACUCCGUUCAUGGGCAUCAUCGACAAGACUGCAAGGACUCAGCAGCAGUACCUCCAUCAGCCUUCCCGGGCCUGGCCUGUGUCAUCUCUGGAAUCAGUUCUGACUAGCCCCACGUCACCUGGCAAUCUGAUCCACCAGGCAUCCACAGCCUCCUCCUACAGCCCGCCUACAUCUCUAGGCAAUAUUGCCUACUACAAUAAGACCAAUAAUGCCCAGAAUGGACACAUGCUAGAGGAGGAGUACUACGUCCAGCCCCAGCCCUCCUCCCUGGGCAAGCUUGCUAAUGGAGGGGCACGUGAUCAAGACUUCCUGGAGCGAGUGAGCCAGGCGCCGACGUACCAGGAUGUUAAGGUGGCACGGACAAUGCCAGUGGCACAGGCGUACCAGGAGAAGAUGUACCGCCAGCUUUCCCGCGAUGCCAGACAAUGUCCCACCUCGCCCAUCAAACCAAAGAGACCCUACGUGGAGUCAAAUGUUUAAUAGGCGCCCAAAAGGGUGGGCAUAAGGUGUGAGUGACAGUGAAUGUGUAGGUGGAGGUUAUUAAAGCCAGUAUUUUGAAUAGAGCAAACGGACUAGUAGAAACACUUUUAAUAAACUAAAAAACUGUGUUACAAAAGUUGUGUACAAUUACCUGUGCCUACUUUAAGUCAACUCAUUCUGUUGGUAAGCACUUAGAAGUCGGGUGCCAGACCGACUACAAAUACCCUGGCAGCCCCCUUUUGGAGCAUUGGAGUGAAAAAAAAUGUUCUCUAAAGAUCGGCACAUUAUUUUAAAGCACAUUUAUUGACUUUCCACAACAGAGGAAUCGUGUCUUGCCUUCAUUCCCAGCACUGAAGCGGAAACACAACAAACUGUGUGUUGAACUCAUUCCCUCUCUCACUUAAUCCUGAUCUCCCUUUUCUCAUUCAAACUAAACUAAUUUGCUUUCUUGCCUUCAUAUUGUUGAAUUGUUCAAGACUGUAAAAAGUGCAAAUCCGUUUCAGAAAAAUUAAGUUGUAGUUAUAGAAUAAAAAGAGGAAUAUUUAUAAUUAAGUUAUAUGAUGUGUAGAAAUAUUAAAGCGGUUUUGUGUCAGGUUUAUUUUGUCUUUAAUUUUGUAUCUAUUGAUUUGGACUUUUGGAAAUGGUAUCAGCUAUUUUCAAAAUAAUGAUUCAGAGUUUAUGUCUGGAGAUUAUUAUCUUUACACUUAUUACCUUACAAUUCUGGCUCCCGAGCAGAAAUAUUGUUUGUGUCAAAGUUCACAGUUGCAGAGUGGCAAUAAUAUUAGUUCAAAGCACUUUUGUGGGAAGCGUAAUAUGAUUUUUGAAGUAACCCUGGCAUUUUGUGGAUAACACUAAGCUUUUAUUUACAAAAUGAAAUAAUUAUGUAUAAAGUAGUGGAGUGCCAAUCCAGACGCAUUUCAAGUGGAGGAAUGUAUCACACCACAGACGUCUUAUGAACUCUACAGUAUGUGCACUACGCAACAAAGUUUCAGGGGAGUUUGCAAGGUAGUAAUAGAAUUUAUUCUCUAUUUUCAGUUUCUUUAGUGUUCUAAGAAAUGGAAUCUUGCAUUGUCACAGAGAAGCAUUAGUAUAUCAAGUGAAGUAUGUUUGUUUUAACUUUUAUUCGUAACUUUGGUCUGUCUGUGACAUUAUGACGAAAGAGAGCACUUUAUUCAUUUGUAAGGAUUAUAUGGACUGUGAAUAUGAGGGGGUUGGAGAUGACAGUGGGGGGAUCUGGGAUGGGGAAUCCUUACUAACGAACGCUCAGUGGAUGCUGGAAUAUAACCUGUGAUUAGUUGUACUUCUAGAAAUCAUAUAGCAGUUAUUGUCCUUGGUGCAAUUCUAAUUUUUCAAGCAAAUGAAUGAACUAUAAAAGAGCAAAAUUAUGUUUUUAAAAAGUGUACAGCCUUUAUAGAGCGCAGUGUGCUGUAUAUAGUGGCCAGAUGUGUUCAUGCAUACAAAAUCUGCAAACUCGUCACCAAAUGCAGCCUGAUGAACCUCACACCUCAAACACAGUUCAGUGACUUCACACACACACAGAAAAGCAAACCUGCCAUUUUGAAAUAGUGCAUUUGUCGUGUAAACAUACAAUAUUCAGCUAGUUCCUUUCAAAGUCCUCUGCUUCAGAAUACGAUGUUAUUAACAUUCGGAGCUUCAAUGUGGCUCUACAAUACAGUAUAUGGACAGAUAUCUAGACAGCAUACAACAUACUCACCUUUCUAUCGCUGUCGGUGUAAACUUGCUUGAAUCGAGAAAUGCCUCAUGGUCAACUUUGGAGAAAAGUUAAAUAAAUAACACUUGAACACCGGACUCUGAUGUGUGGUUUUUCAUGCAAGCUAUUAUUGCUGUACAUAACCUGAUGCAUGGUUUAUCCUCUGAAAUCGACAUACACAGACAUUCGUAAAUCUGCCGUAUGUCUAGGAACUAAACAGAAAUAAACUUCACACCUGACGAAAAAAUAAAUCUCCACCAAACUCAACAGGAGAGAUGUGACGUUUACCUCUGAAGGGUUUGGCCAUUCUUUUUACCUUUCAGUUGGAGUUGAUUUCCAUGUACUUGCUUGCUAAGCAGAGUUUCUCGUCUGUAAAUGUGAGCUUUCAGAGCGCUGUGACAUUUCCUGACUUCAAUAAACCAGAAUGUGUUUUUAUCA